CUAAAUAAAUAGCGCCCUCUCUUGAUCCAUCCUAGAUUUUUACACUUCGUAUGAGGGCGGUGUUAAUUGUGUGAGUUUGCGUCAAGUUGCGUGCAAACGCCUGCAGGAUGGAAAAAAAUAAUGCACCUGUACAUGUACGACUGUCGACUACAUACUGUACGCCGGCAUAUUCCUAUAUUACAACUUCAACCAUGUCAACAAGAAAUCGAAUCUGCUAGAACUUUGUAACAUUCAUCUCUGGCGAUUUCUACGUUCAACAUGGCUGGUGCUACCUUUCUGCCCAAAGCAGUUCUGUUUGUAGCAAUCUCUGCCUUUGGAUUGUGCGUUUGCUUUUUAACCGUGUUCCAGUUCGGAAUGUUUUUGUUCAGAGAGGGCCUAGCCAUGGGUGUCGUUGACGGGAGACAAUCUGCUCACGACAAGGAUGCUGCAGAUCCAUAUGUGAGUGACUUGCUGCUGGAUCUUCUACUUAUUGCUGCAUUCGUUCUCCAGCAUUCCCUGUUGGCUCGCAGGCCAUGGAAAGACUUCAUCCAAUGGCUGGGCCUGGAUGUGGUGGAGCGAUCCCUGUAUAUACUGGCUACAUGCGGAGCUCUGCAGACACUGAUGCAGUACUGGCGACCUCUCUUUCCUGAGUCCGUACUGUGGGCCUUGGACACAGACAGCCGUUGGGUGUGGACUGUUUUGGGGAUUUUAAGCUUCCUGGGCUGGCUGUGUGUGGUCGGGGUGGUCAUGGUGCUGGACUAUGCCGAACUGGUCGGAAUCAAACAAGUAUACUACUUUCUGAUGGAUUUGGAUCCUCCCCUUCAGAUGAAGUCUCGGGAGUACCAACGCCUUUUCCAAAAUUUCCGACAUCCUGUAAUGACAGGACUGUUGAUCAUCUUGUGGGCCGUGCCUGUCAUGACCAUGGGCAGGCUUGUGUUAGCCUUGUCGCUGACCAUCUACACAUUUUACGGCCACAGUCUGGACAUGAGGGACUACGACUACAUCUGUCAGCAGCAUCAACUGAAGAAAAGAACUCUCCGGUCACCCCAGGGUUUCAGAGCCACAGGGGGGCGAGCUUCAUCGGUUGGCUAUGGUUAAGAUACCACUUACAUGUAUCUUAACCACCAUGGUCUUAUAUGUUUUAGUUGCCUUUAAAUGGUACCCGUGUUUGGGCUGGUGUCUUUUAAAAUGUUGACACCAGUGACAGGUGCUUCCACCCUGGUAAGCAUUUAAUUGUCACUGUGCAUUAAGUCAUGCGCAUUACAAUUAAAGCAUUUUCUGAGAGACAGAUUACAAUUUUCCUCCUACUAGUCGGUCUCUCAUCGAUGAUCACAAGAUCAAAACUCUUCAUACUGGUUCUUGCAGGAACGCCGCUUUAACGAAUACGACGGGGUCCAGGCUAAAUGUUUGGUACAUUGGUCUUUAGGUGUAGCGAAAUUAACCGCUGAACGUUUCAUUGCCAUGUUGAAUAGCGCCUUCUCUUGUCUAACUGAAGUGCACCCUUUUGUGAUACUAUGAUUCGCUGUU